CAGAGCGCAAGAUUUGCAGUUAGUUCAGUGUUUGCAAAUAGAGACUAGGGAAGACAGGGCUGUUUGCAAGUCUCUGGACGGCGGAGCGGAACGCUAUUUUAAUUGCUGUGCAAUUACUGAUGCGAAAACAUCGUGAUUAACAGGGACUACUUGAUUUAAGGACAGAAUUUAAAUAUAUUUUUACACGUAUUUCUUUCAUAGACGUCUGUUGGGGAAUUCACGGAAAACGCGCAAUGGAUGUCUUACCUAUGUGCAGCAUAUUUCAGGAGCUUCAAAUUGUUCAUGACACGGGCUACUUUUCAGCAUUGCCGUCUCUUGAAGAAUAUUGGCAGCAGACCUGCUUGGAGUUGGAAAGGUACCUUCAAAGUGAACCUUACGUGUCCACCUCCGAUAUUAAAUUUGAAAGCCAAGAGGACCUGUGGAGCAAACUUAUUUUAGCAUGUGGGGAAAAAGAAGAAUCGGACCCUAAGAUUCCAGAAGUGAAGGAAGAGGACAGUGGAGAUAACCAAAAUGCAGAGACCAACAGUAUAAACUCUGAUGCCAGCAGCGAGUCCUCUGAUAGUUCAGAGGAGCUCUCGCCAACCAUUAACUUUACCUCUAACCCUUUAAGUGAUGUUUUGGCAAAUUCUGGACAUUUAAGCUCUUCAGUUAUAACGACUCCUCCAUCCUCUCCGGAGUUAAGUAAAGAGCCAAAUGGCAUUCAGGUGUGGAAUAGCCUUCAAACAGAGUUGCACUCACCUGGAAAAAUACGGUCAACUAGCAUUGGAAAGACUUUAGAAAAGACCAUUUCAGUGAAUGGGGAAAAUUCCCCGGACGGUAGAAAAAGGGUGCACAGGUGUCAUUUUAAUGGCUGCCGGAAGGUUUACACAAAAAGUUCUCAUCUUAAAGCACAUCAGCGCACACAUACAGGUGAAAAGCCUUAUCGCUGCUCGUGGGAAGGUUGUGUUUGGCGUUUUGCACGAAGUGAUGAAUUAACAAGACACUUCAGAAAGCACACUGGUGCAAAGCCAUUUAAAUGCAGUCACUGUGACAGGUGUUUCUCAAGGUCUGAUCACUUGGCCCUUCACAUGAAGAGACACCUUUGAGGGAAGUAAGAAGCAAAGGGGGAGACUCUUGUCUGCUGUUCAGCUUCAAGGUUCAACUGCCCUGAGGAAGCGGGGUGUGUGUUCCAGCCAAAGCAUGCCAUUUUGCACCAUGCCCAGUGCCUCCAGAACUUCUUCAAGAAACUGUUCUGAAGGCUAAUACAAAAUCAUGAAUGAAGCGAAAGCAAAGCAGAAUAUAAAACAAACAUACUCAAAAAGACAAAACAAAAAAAGCAAAAACAAAAAAAAAGUGGUGCGUGAUGAAUGGAGGUUUCCUGGACACAUACUUUGGUACUUAAACCUGUUUUGCUGGGAAAGGCCUCAACCGUGAGCAUGUACACGAAAGAUGGGUGACUGUACUGUGUGUGCGCUGAAGAGACAAUAUGCUUUUUGGCCUGGAUGAGAAGGAGGAACGAUUUCUGUUAUAGUUUUCUUGUGGUUGUGUGUAAGAACUAUGAGAAAGUGGGUCUGAGUGCUUGAUGCGUGGAGGAGUGAGCCUGGAUACGAGUUUGCUUCCCAGAGAUCUCUUCCCAUAGGCCGGAAAGCCUCUACAGUGUGAGGCCAUGGCCUGUUCAGCAAGGGGAGAAUUGGCAACCGUUCCUGAAUGAGAGGAGCUUUUUUGGUGUUUGGUGCAGCUAAUAAAUGUGCAAUGUGUUAAGUAGCCUGUUUUACAUGCUACAGAGCUCAUUUGUAAUCCGUUGUAUAAGCUGUGUAUUUAGAAAUAUAACACAACUAUAACUUCUUCAGUAUAAUAGACAGGUGUUGCAUGGUUCUAGGGUUUGUACACUUCCUGUUCUGUGUAAUCAGGACUGCAAAUUGAUUCCAAUAAAGAGCAGCUAAAUACAAUUGGGUAAAUGUUACAAUAUUGUACAUAAAGCCUUGAUCAUAUUUCUUCUUUUUUGGUUGGAAAAACCACUAUUGCUUAGCAACUGAUUUACUCAUGCAGCUAUUUUUUCACUUAUUUAUGCCUUGAGGACUAAUUUCUUCUUUUUUUUCCUACCUGUUAAUGCACUGUUGACCUUAAUGGUGCCUUAUGCAAGUGACCUUGUCCUGUGGGAAAGCAUAUUCACAAGGGGGUAUGGGUGUGACACGUUUUAUUAAGGCUCUUUUUCACUUGAUGUCAUAGUUCAUGAAAAAGCAACCAUGUGCCAUCAGCCUUGUUUGCUUUAUAUGUUGUCAUUUUAUUUGUAUAAAUUGCUAAAUGUCUAGCUUAUAUUGAUGACCAUUCUUACAACGUCUAGCAAUUUAUUUCUGAUCUAAUGCUAGUGUAACAUGGAGAAAACCAUGACCUAAGAAAAGUAAUACAUUAGAUUGUAAGAGCACUUAACACUUUCUUUUAAUGUAUUUACUACUGUGUAGUAUAUACUGUGUAUAUAGUUAAUAGGCGGUUUUGUGUCAAGAUAUUCUAGAUUUAAAAAAAAAAAAAAAAAAGGUACAUGUCAUGACUACUGCGAAACCCUUGCAAUCAAAAAAUAAGUAUUUGUAACUUGAACUUUAUAUAUAGUUCUUAAAAAUUUGAAGUGUUUUCUUUAAGAUUGGUAAUUUCCUUCAAAGGAGGUGCAUUUUAAUCAGUGUCUGAUUUAAGGCAGACUAAAUAAUUUUUUCAAAUGUACUUUUCUGCAGUCUAUUUAAGAUUACUGGCUCGGAUUUAUCUGUAGAAGAAGGAUUGUUAAGAUUGUUUUGCUCUCCCCACCGAGGAGAAAUAUGUGAAUGGGAAUCCUGUGUGCCAACGUUUUAAUCGAGCAAAUUCCAAUUAAGCCAAGUGGGUGUAGAAUCCGACAUGCAUCCGUCCGCACUACAACACACCUCCCCACCGUGUUCAGCAGCUGUGCUUACUCUCUUUUCUAGUGUUGUGGGAAAGGACCAAAUGUCUCAGUAGGUGUGCCUUUGUAGCCAUUUUAUUUUGUAUUUGUUGGUGUACUUUAUGUAAAUAGUAGAAAAAAUUAGAUUUACAUAACAAGCUCAGAACAGUAAAAGCAUCUAAACCAAUUGUAUAAACAUUUUACCAUUAGUUCUCCAAGGUGUUGUAUACUGAAGAUAAUUUGGAACAGUUUAAGUGCAUUUGCAGAUAUUUUGGAUUUAUCACUGCAGAUUGUCGUUCUGACGUAUUUGGAAAGUAGAGAAGAACAUUUGAGUUUGUGUAUAUUAAGAAUAUGACAAAUUCCAUUUAAAGGAUUUUGCUAGAUUGAGUGGCAUAGUACAAUUUGUUUUUAGAAGACCGCAAAUAUGUUUCAGGUGUAAAUGGAGCCUUAAUGAAGCUGUUUGCUUGCAAUUUAACCAACAAAUGUUUCUAAUGCUGAUACUUAACAUUCUUAAAAUCCCUGUUCUCUACAGAAUCUCUUUGUAAAAUUUUUGUACAAUUUUUUUUUUAAUUUAAGUUUAUUUUAUUUUUUGCUUUACAAGAUUUUAUUUGAAGUUGUUUUGCAAGAUUGUUAUAUUUCUGUAUGAAUGUAUUUUUUAUUGGAAUAAUAAGACAAAAUUCUUACCAGUA